ACCAGUCAACCCAGUUCAUCAAUUAUCUAGUGAUUUUGUCAAUUAUUUAUUGUGAACAGCUGUCCAUUUCCCUUGUUAAAUAGAAUAUUUGCAAUGUUUUAAGUAACUAGUAAAGCAAAUGUACGCUUUAAUUAAAUAAGGCCAUACAAAGACAAAAAUAAUCGAAACAUUUCCUGAUACACAAAAUCAAGUUUUGUUAUCCACAAUGUCGAUUCCUCCGUUGGUUUGCAGUACACCACCACCUCCAGAUCAGUGUGAAGACGACAAAGACGAAGAUUUUGAUUUACAGUACAGACUGUCACAGGAAGAGGAUGAAGAUAAUAAUUCUUAUGAUUAUGGAAAUUAUUCUUCCUAUACUAAUUACUGUCAAGAGCCAAAUAUAAAUGAAAAUGAACAUUUUAAAUCGGAGCCUGAAAAUAGUUCUUUGAAUGUUGAAGAAAAAAAAAUCUGUACUGAAACUUCUGCAGCAGUUCAGACUGAGUUUAUAUUAAAUGAAACUGAAACAACUAAAAGUGAAGAUAUUGCUGUUGAAGAUUUAAAUUUAAAAAUUGAACAAGAAAAUGUAAUUUCGGACCACCUUGUUACACACACAAUAAAUAAUGCUGUUGACCCUGAUACUUAUGGAAUUUCAUGUAUUGUUGAUCAUUUAGAUUCUCCUGAUAAAACUAAUGUUGUUUUAAACGAAAAUGAAGAAGAUGAAAGUAGUGAUGAAAAAAGUAUAUCAGAAACAAAUGUUAGUCCAUUGGAUAAUUGUGAGGUCCAAGGUAGUUCUGAAAACACAGUAGAAAUAGAAAAAGAAGAUCCAGUGUCAAAUGAAAUUGAUAUUGAACAACACAUAGAACAAGAUACCAUUCAAUCUGAAGAAGUAGAACCUGCUAUGAAAUCAACAAAUACCGAUGAUUUUGAUGACUUUGAAGAAUUUAAAUUUACAGAAACCUCAAUAAGCAAUAAUGAAGUAACAGCAAAUUUUGAAAAUCCCUGGGACAAUAAUGAUACGGAAGACUUUAGUUUUGGUGAUUUUAAAGCAAAUUUUGAGAACAAUAGUGAUUCUAUUCAACCAUUCAAAGAAGAACAGAUUAAUAAUGAAGAAGAUGUUGUUGUAAAUAAGCCUAUAACAAAUAGUGAAGAUAUGGAUUUGGAUGAUGAUUUUGGAGAUUUUGAUGACUUUAAAUCUUCUGUCAAUCAGGAAUCAGAGGACAAACCUACAACGGAAACAGAACUAGCACACCAUGUUACAGUUUUAAAUUUUCAGUCUCCCAAUAAUGAGGCACAGAUAAUAGAAAGCAUAAAUAACAUUAUAUUUAAUAUAUUUCCAGAAGAUUUGCCUAACUGUGAACCAGAAUUUGAUAAAACACUCGACUCAAUGUUAACAGAAACAUGGCAUCAUUUAAAAGAAGUAGACGAGAGACAACCAUAUAUGGUUCAUUGGAAUAAUUCUUUAGGUCAAAAAAGCCUGUUAAAAGCUCUAUGCAUUGACUCGAGAAAUAUAUUAUUUGGUCCAAAAUGGAACUAUUUCACACCUAAAUAUGCAACAAGUUUGAGUGUCGCCCCACUUCAACCCCAAAAGCCAGCAGCUGUUCCUAAUGCUCCUUCCUCAGAAGCGGUUAACAGUGAUAAAAUAACACCUAAAGAUACGUCUUGGACUGAUCCUUUUACUACAGAUGGGCAAGAAUCCAGCACCAUGGAAAAAGAAAAAACACCCAGAGAAAUCCGACCUUCAGAUUUGGAUGUGUUUGAGAAAGCAAUAUCAGUUACUAACAUAGAUAAGAUACAUUCCAGUACAUUGAGUGUGCAGCCACUAAGACAUAUCAGUUUGCCUGACACACAUAUAUUUACCCCCACUGACUCGGAAACACCAAGAUCAAAAACGAUUCACUAUGAUAAUGGGCCUCCAGUACUUCUCCCACAACAGAUUGAAAGCCAUAAUAUAAAUAUUGAAAAACCUCCCUCACAACACUCAACUAUAGAAAAUAAUGAUGAUUAUUGGGAAUUCCAAGAUUUUAAAGGAGCUCCUAGUCAUACAGCUUCAAUGCCAAAUACUGAUUGCUUACAACCAGAUGACAAAGUGACUACUACUUUACCAAGUACCAGUGAACCCUCCACUAAUUCAGGCAUUACAUAUCAAACUCAAUUGCUGCAACCAGUCAAACUAGAACCUAUCAUGCCAACCUUGAAUUGGCCUGACCCUGGAGAAGUCAAGGAAACCUUUGACGAUUUCUCUGAUUUUAUAUCUAAUAGUAAUAGUAAUUGGAAUAAUGACGGUCAAGAACAAAAUAAACCUGAUUUGCCCAUUUCCAAAGAAGUAAAUGACGUUGUAAAUGAGAAUAGUAUAGAAGAUGAGUUUGAGACAUUCCAAUCAGCACCCACUCCUAUAUCUAAUCAUAUAAACCACGUACAGUCUGAACAUAACUCCUUUGAAAAAUUAGAACCUGUAAUUGGUAUCCAAAAACAAAUGGAUACAUUAAGUUUUAAGUCUAAUGAAAUUUUAUCUUCUAACCACACCAGUACUGUAGAAAACAGCAGUUUUCUUAAAAACAAUUCCAAUAACUUUAACACAAAACAGUCUCCUGUCAACCAAAAUAUUCUACAACCAAUAAAUUCUGUUUCUACAUUGCGAGCGCAACAAGGCGGACAAAUUCUACAACCACUGUCCCUGGAAAGUUAUUCACAGAUUAACUGGCCAAAGCCCGGAAUAGACUUGCAGAAUCUUUCAAGCUUUAACCCCUUAGAAAGUCUUCAAUCACUAAAAAGUGAUACUGGAUCUAGUGGUCCCAGUAAAGUGGCGUCUCCUAUCCAUAAUAAGGCGAAUGCUAUUCAGAACGAAAUAUCCGACGACGACAUUUGGGGAGAUUUUGUAUCUAGUAAACCGAAACAACACGCGCCAAAGAAAACGCCAAUAUUCGCUGACGACGAUGAGUGGACGGACUUCGUUUCUAGUCCAAGUUUAUCACAAAACAGUUUAAACACAAUUAGUUUUAAUGUUCAAUCUAAUUCAAAUAUACAAAAGAGUUCCAACUUAAAUAGUGCUUCAAAAAGUAAUCAAAAUAUUUCUCUCGAUAUACCGACAUUAAACUAUAUAACCCCAAAAUCUUCUAACCGCGGGGCCUAUAUUGAUAAACAUUUCCAAAAUUUAUAACAUUGUUAGUAUCUUGUUUAAAUAAACAUUAAAAUGUACUUAAUUUUGUAUAGAGUAGUUAAUAUUUAAUAAAAAUAAAUAUAUUAUGUAUAUAGAGUGGUGGUGGUGGUAUCAUAGCAAUCAUAGUUAUAACUGUCAAGUUUCGAAUACGUUUUUUAUUCAUUGCGUUUGUAGGGAAUUUCUUCCUUGAAGUUAUUUAAAACAGCAAUAUCCCUUAAGAUAUAAUUUAUAUGAUUAAUAAUAGUUUCGAUACAACAUGCGAGAGAUUAAAAAAAGACAGCUAAAUAGGUGUGAUGUUUGUAUUGUACUCUUUGUAAACAAGCCUUGUCGUUUAUUAAGUUACAAUUUUUUUAAUUAUUUCCUUUCGAAAGCUUAUUAUGGAAUCUAAUAUAUACAUUUAACCAUAUAGGAUGUUAUGUGUAUUUGUAAAUUCAAUUAAAUUUCUUUGAUUAUUUUUGUGAGGCAACAGAUUUACUAUUUUGAUACCUAAUAAUGUAUGUUCAGUAGUAGUUGUGCAAUGGAUCAAUGCUCUUGUAGGAUUUCAUGUAUUGAUAUUUCAUUUAUUAUUUCGAAUAAAAAAAACGAAAAAUUUGGCACCAUUUUUAAACGAAAUG